AUGUCACAAAGUAUUGGAGCAAACUGUAACGAGCUGAAAAAAGAAUAUGACACUUGUUUCAACAAGUGGUACUCCGAAAAGUUUCUUAAGGGAGACGUGCGGCCCGAGUGCGAAGAGCUAUUUCAGAAAUACCGAGAUUGCGUUCUGAAUGCAAUUAAACAGAAGAAAAUUGACAAAUUGUUGGUUGAGGCACGGAAGGAAGAUCCUUUUUCUUCAGUGACCGAAAAGAAAUGA